AUGACUACAACCAACAAUUACAAAAAAAGUGGCUAUCAAAUGCCAAUGGAUCCACCUUCUUAUGAAGAAACAAUGGAAAUGGAUUACAAAAAAAAAACCAACAACAACAACAACAACAGACAAAACAACAACGGCACAAGUAAUCCUAGUCCAUCGUCAGAAUCCCAUCUAACUUUUGCUUUUUCUCCACAUCCAAGAACAAGAUCAAAUUAUCCAGGAGGACAAUCUUUGACUUAUGGUCUCUUCAAUAGAGACUUUAAUCAAAAUCAUCAAGCUGAUGGGAAUUGA